UUGAGUAGAUGCGGGAGUUGGGACUUUGCCCCGCAGAGGGUUAUUAUUCUGGGCGCUGAGGGCAGGCUGAGCCAUGGCAGCCCGGGCACUGUACAGGUUACCCGGCCUGGGAAGGACUGCUGUGCCCCUCACCUGCUCGCACUGCCCCAGGUUUAGCAGUAGGGCUGCAGGGCACGGCAGGGGGGCCCAGUCCUACCCAGUGAUAUCGGGGGAGAUUCUGUCCCUCUAUAGGCAUGUGUAUGAAGCUAACACACGGAACAGUGAGGGGUGCAGACAGAGGUAUGAAGAGUUAUUAGAAGAAGUGAAGCGCGGCGGUGGUGAGAGCGCCAUUCUGCGACAUACCCAGAGGAAUAAAAAGCUGCUGGUGCGAGACAGAUUGAAGCUGCUUCUGGAUGAUGAGCCUUUUCUAGAGUUGUCGCCGUUUGCUGGCCUGGGUUUACCGUACGGUGACGUUCCCUCCGCAGGGUGUCUGACAGGGGUCGGAAAAAUCUGUGGAAUUUGGUGCAUGUUUAUUGCCAACGACGCCACCGUCAAAGGAGGGACGGCGUAUCCGAUUUCAGUAAAGAAGCAACUAAGAGCACAAGAGAUCGCCAUGAAGAACCGGCUACCGACAGUGUACUUGGUGGACAGCGGAGGAGCGUUCCUACCCCUGCAGGCAGAGCUGUUUCCCGACAAAGAGCACGGAGGGAGGACGUUUUAUAACGAGGCCAUAAUGUCUGCUCUGAAAAUUCCCCAGGUGGCUGUGGUUUGCGGCUCCUGUACGGCAGGAGGGGCUUAUAUACCGACGAUGGCGGAGGAAACCAUUAUAGUAGACCGCAUCGGGACUAUAUUUUUGGCUGGCCCGCCGCUGGUUAAAGCUGCCACCGGCGAAGACGUCUCCGCCGAAGACCUUGGAGGAGCAAAGCUGCAUUCGAGAGUCAGCGGCUGCGUCGAUCACUUUGCGCCAACCGAGGCAGAAGCAUAUAGUCGCGCGCGGCUGAUUAUUUCAACCUUGAACUACGAGCCUUCGCCUAUAGAAACCAGAGAAUACGAGGAGCCCUUAUACGACGCUCACGAGCUGCAGGGCCUAGCCCCCCGGGAUUAUAGCUGCACCCUCGAUAUUAAGCUGAUCGUCGGCCGGCUGGUAGAUGGCAGCAGGUUCUUGGAAGUUAAAGCUGACUACGGGAUGUCUUUAGUUACAGGAUUUGCUUCGGUUGAGGGACAUUUGGUCGGAAUUGUGGCCAAUAACGGAGAACUGACCCACGACGCCUCGUUAAAAGGAAGCCACUUCGUACAGAUCUGUAACCAGCGUGGCGUCCCCCUCCUGUUUCUGCUCAACACCACCUCUCGAGAAUCCCCGCCGCCGAGUGUAUUAAAGGCAGAAGAGCAAACGAACCGAUUAAAAGCUCAGGCGUCUAUGAUGGCGGCCGUAGCUUGCGCCUCCGUGCCGAAGAUCACGCUGGUAGUUGGCGGCUGUCAUGGAGGAGAAAGCUUUGCCAUGUGUGGAAGGUCAUUUGAACCAAACUUUUUGUUCCUGUGGCCAAACGCGAGAGUUUCCCUCGUGGAUCCGAACAGCGUAACAGCAAACGUGCGCAUGGACGAGGAGCGCCCCGAAGAUGAGAGAGGACAGACGGCCAGAUUGGAGAAGCUGAAGGAGGAGAGUUCUGCAUUUUAUUCAUCGGCCAGACUGUGGGAUGAUGGGGUUAUAUUACCGCAAGACACCCGAAAAGUGAUUGGAACGUGUCUGAGAAUCAUCAGCCAACAAAAGUAUCAGACGCCUGCCUUUCAACCAGGUCCUUUGCUGAGAAUGUGAGUUUGUUGCCAAGAGAAUAUAUUUAAAAUAAUUUGUACAUAAUGGGAAUAUAAUAAACAUUUCUAUAAAAAUCUA